GCCAAUCAGAGGGCGGCUGGCGGCCCGGGAGUUCCCUCGGGUUGCUACUGUUUAAACCCAACAUUCGGUCCCAGCGGCGCGCUUAAAGGGGAAGCGGCCCUGGUGGAUGCGGAAGAGGGGAUCCUGACGGCCGAAGCAAUGGGUGCUAGACGUGAUCCCCGGAGGAGAUCCCACCCUUGGGCCAGGCCGGGCUUCUGCCUACGGCCGCUGCUGUUUCUGGGGCUCUGCUGCUGGGAAACGCGCGGGGUGGCCACCCCUGAUCAGGUACGAUUGGAAAUGUCCCGGGGGGGUCUUUGUUUUGUCCUCCCCCCAAUCUGCUCCCCAACCUCAUAACCCCACAGAACUAGAAGGCUUAGCUGGGGCUAGUCGUUGGGCCCUCAGACCCACUGAACCCAACCGGUCCGGCCACGUAUUGUGCCUCUCUCCAUUCCCCCGGUCAGGAUCGGAUGGAAAGCUUUGGAGGCCCUAAACACUUAAAAAAAAAUAGAUUGUGGUUUGUCUCCACCCUAUAUGGAAGUAAUAAAAUAAAAUAAAAUCAGUGCUAGAAACGGGGGGGGGGGGGCGGGAAUGUGGAGUAUAAGGAAGUUCUGAUUUCCCACCCUCCUGCCAUGUUGACCUACUUCAAUGCCUUUUCUGAAAUAUCAAGUGUCUUAAUUUUUUCCAAAAGAAAUAAUUAUAUAUAUAUAUAUAUAUAUAUGGCAUGCCCCUGCUUUGCUUGAUGCCCUAAGCACAUGCUUAUUCUGCCUUUUGGGUAGUGGUGGUGGUUGUCAAAUAUUUAUUUAUCCCCUGCCUUUUCCCUGAUGGAGACUCAAGAUGACUUACAGAUAAAAUAAGAACAGCUAAAAUCAUAAAGGGGCGGUGGCAAUACUUUAAAACAAUUAAUAGAAUUAAAACUCUGUGUGUGUAUUAGUUUUCUGCGGUGGUUCCCCCUUUUGGGAAUGCUUUUUCCCAAGCAUGCCUUUAUUAUGAAAACAUUCCUGUAAAACCAGGCCUUUGGAUAAUUAAACAAUCUAUGGCCUUUUUGUUUGUUUGUUACUAUGUUCUGCAUUUCCAAGUUUUUAUGUUGUAAACGGCCCGGUGAUCCUUGAAUGUGAUCUGCUGCCUUGAGAUUCCUACGUUUGCAGGGGGUUGGAGUGAAUGACCCUUGGGGUCCCUUCCAGCUCUCCAGUUCUAUGAUUAUUAAAAACAUUCAGACAAUCAGAAUAAAAACAGCACAGUGGCAGCCCCCCCCCCCCAAUUAAUAGCAGUCAGUAAUCCAACGCUGGAUGAAUCCCUAGCCGGAAUUAAGAUUGCUAGAAGAAAUAUCAACAACCUCAGAUAUGCAGAUGACACAACCUUGAUGGCAGAAAGUGAGGAGGAAUUAAAGAACCUUUUAUUGAGGGUGAAAGAGGAGAGCACAAAAUAUGGUCUGAAGCUCAACAUCAAAAAAACGAAGAUUAUGGUCACUGGUCCCAUGACCUCCUGGCAAAUAGAAGGGGAAGAAAUGGAGGUAGUGAGAGAUUUUACUUUCUUUGGCUCCAUGAUCACUGCAGAUGGUGACAGCAGCCAUGAAAUUAAAAGACGCCUGCUUCUUGGGAGAAAAGCAAUGACAAACCUAGACAGCAUCUUAAAAAGUAGAGACAUCACCUUGCCAACAAAGGUCCGUAUAGUUAAAGCUAUGGUUUUCCCAGUAGUGAUGUAUGGAAGUGAAAGCUGGACCAUAAAGAAGGCUGAUCGCCAAAGAAUUGAUGCUUUUGAAUUAUGGUGCUGGAGGAGACUCUUGAGAGUCCCAUGGACUGCAAGAAGAUCAAACGCAUCCAUUCUUAAGGAAAUCAGCCCAGAGUGCUCACUGGAAGGACAGAUCGUGAAGCUGAGGCUCCAAUACUUUGGCCACCUCAUGAGAAGAGAAGACUCCCUGGAAAAGACCCUGAUGUUGGGAAAGAUGGAGGGCACAAGGAGAAGGGGACGACAGAGGACAAGAUGGUUGGACAGUGUUCUUGAAGCUACCAGCAUGAGUUUGACCAAACUGCGGGAGGCAGUGGAAGACAGGAGUGCCUGGUGUGCUCUGGUCCAUGGGGUCACGAAGAGUCGGACACGACUAAAUGACUAAACAACAACAACAACAAUCCAACGCUUCCCCCUGCAUAUAGCCAGUUAAGGUGAAAGCAACGGCCGAAACUGUAAUGGCAUCUCUGUGUCGCUCCAUAUUGUUGGACUUACAGCUCUAAUUGUCCCUGAUCGUGGGCCAUGCUGGUCAUAGUUUGAGUGCAGCAGUAUCCAAAGGGCCACAGAUUCCCCACCCCUGAAUCAAGACAUUUGAUGGUGCCAGAUGCUGUCUAUUUUUGUUUCCGCAUUUAUAAGCCGUGUUUCCUCCCAGGAGCUCAAAGCAGCUUACAUGGUUCUUCUCCCGCCUUCCCUCCCCCAAGUUUAUCCUCACACAACGUUCUUGCAAAGUAGGCUAGGCUGAGAGAGAGUGACUCGAUAAACACACAAGACGUAACUGGCUGUGUUCUUAGAUAAAUAAGGUAUACUAUUCCUUGUAUCCAGUCAUAAAUUUCAACAGAAGUAACUCAUAAAGUUCAACAAACGAACAAAGCAGAACACCCAAUGGAUCAGAUCAUUCUCUAGUCAGUUCAUACAUAAGGUCCAUCUGUGUAAUAGUGUCUAUUCCACCUGUCUGUUCAUAAGGUCCAAACAAUCCGCAUGAAAGGUUGUUACAGUUCCACAGAAUCCUUUCACAGAGUCUAAAGACAAGGAUUUCCGGAAUAUUGGCCUUGUUUCGCCGUCCUGGGCUUCAUCAGUAGUUAAAGCUCAUAUGUGAUAUUACAGGACAGUGAAUCUUAUGGCAUAGUAGUAGCUGUGGUCUUAUGAACUGGGUUCCACACAGUCACAAAAACAAAUUAGCCGAAAAAGCUUCAAAAACAAAAACGCAAAACAAAUUGCAAAAAGUCCAUUUGACUUCCGAAAUGUUCAAAAACCAAGGCGCAGCUUCUGAUUGGUGCAGGUGCCCCGGAAACAAUAGCCGACAGCCACAUUGGACGUUCAACUUCCGAGAAACGUUCGAAAACCAGAACACUUACUUCCUGGUUUUUUCAGCGUUUGAGAACCAAGGCGUUUGAGAACCAAGGGGAGAGUCUUGUUCUUUUAGCUCAGGUCGUGCCUUCCCUGCUCUCCCGAAUCAUGUUUGCUGUUCUACCGGUUUCCAGGGUGCACUCUUGAGUAUCUGAAAGUUUUUAAUGUCUUUUUAAUCUCUUGUUGGAAGCCGCCCAGAGUGGCAGGGGAAGCCCAGCCCGAUGGGCGGGGUAUAAGUAAUAAAUCAUUAUUAUUACAGUAGUGCCUCGCAAGACGAAAUUAAUCCGUUCCACGAGUCUCUUCGUCUUGCGGUUUUUUCGUCUUGCAAAGCGCGGCUUAGCGGCUAUUAACGGCGUAGCGGCUUUAAGAAAAAGGAAACAAACUCGCAAGACAUUUCGUCUUGCGAAGCAAGCCCAUAGGGAAAGUCAUCUUGCGUAACGACUCAAAAAACGGAAAACUCUUUCGUCUAGCGAGUUUUUCGUCUUGCGAGGCAUUCGUCUUGCGGGGCACCACUGUAUUAUUUCUGGUGCAAAGUUCUCAGGAGAAGGCAGCAGGCGGUUUCUCCCUGGUUGCACCUCUUGGCUAUGUGGCCGUUCUGCUUGCCCUCCUCCUCAAUUUGUCCACAUACCUGCCCUUCCUUCCUAUGUUUUGUGGGAGGGAAAUGUCGAGCUGACCCCAGCCUUGGCUGCACUGCUCCCCAGGUACACAGGCAGUCUUCUGAAGUGCCAAACAGAUGUCAGAGCAGUGCCACGUAGAUGUUCCCAGUUACUUCAACUUUUAAACAAGCUGUGGCUUAGCAAUGAGACUGGGAUGGGCAGAUUUCCAAAAAUUAAAACUUAAACAAACAACACACCGUCGCUGCAGACUUUGUCGUUCCUCUUCCCCUGCUUUCUCGGCAACAAAUAGGAUAUGAGCCUGCAGCAAAAUGUUGCUGUAUAUGGAGUGCUUCUCUUCAGGGUUCCACACGCAACGGCCCUGUCCGCACUAGACACUCAAACCAGUAUCAUACCACUUUAAACUGUCAUGGCUUCCCUCAAGGAAUUCUGGGAAGUGUAGUUCGUUAAGAGGGAUGCGGGUGGCGCUGUGGGUUAAACCACAGAGCCUAGGACUUGCUGAUCAGAAGGUCGGCGGUUCGAAUCCCCGCGACGGGGUGAGCUCCCGUUGCUCGGUCCCUGCUCCUGCCAACCUAGCAGUUCGAAAGCACACCAGUGCAAGGAGAUAAAUAGGUACGGCUCCGGCGAGAAGGUAAACGGUGUUUCCGUGCGCUGCUCUGGUUCACCAGAAGCGGCUUAGUCAUGCUGGCCACAUGACCCAGAAGCUGUAUGCCGGCUCCCUCAGCCACUAAAGCGAGAUGAGCGCCGCAACCCCAGAGUCAGUCACGACUGGACCUAAUGGUCAGGGGUCCCUUUACCCUUUACCUUUAUACCAUAAACCGCCCUGUGAUCCACAGAUGAAGGGGCUGCAUAUGAAUUUAGUUAAUUAAUGAAUUAGCAUAAUGCACAUCUCAGUUCCAGUGACUUUUGCAUGAGAACGGUUAACCGCGUGCCUAGCUUGGCAGCCCAGCAGAUCGUGAUCACAGACAAGAAUCUGGGCUGGAAAUCAAAUCACUCUUAUGUGCUGCUUGCCUUAUCAGGCUUCUGUCAAAGAAAGCUAUUCAGCCAAGACACAAAGUGUUGAGGAAUAACUUGUUUAUGCCAGUUAGAUUUAAUGUGGCUUAAAAAAUUGGAAUCCAUGUGUGCUAUCAUAAGGCAAUAGGCGUGGGAAUGGGGAUGAAUAACUUUUUGUAAAAAAAAAAAACAUACAGUGGUACCUUGGGUUAAGUACCGUAUUUUUUGCUCUCACUUUUUUCCCUCCUAAAAAGUAAGGGGAAGUGUGUGUGCGUCUUAUGGAGCGAAUGCAGGCUGCGCAGCUAUCCCAGAAGCCAGAACAGCAAGAGGGAUUGCUGCUUUCACUGCGCAGCGAUCCCUCUUGCUGUUCUGGCUUCUGAGAUUCAGAAUUUUUUUUUCUUGUUUUUCUUGUUUUCCUCCUCCAAAAACUAGAUGCGUCUUGUGGUCUGGUGCAUCUUAUAGAGUGAAAAAUACGGUACUUAAUUCGUUCCGGAGGUCCGUUCUUAACCUGAAACUGUUCUUAACCUGAAGCACCACUUUAGCUAAUGGGGCCUCCUGCUGCUGCCGCGCCGCCGGAGCACAAUUUCUGUUCUCAUCCUGAAGCAAAGUUCUUAACCUGAAGCACUAUUUCUGGGUUAGCGGAGUCUGUAACCUGAAGCGUAUGUAAUCUGAGGUACCACUGUAUUGGAAGGCAAAUUCUGUCCUUCGAAGAAGCAUGGAAGCCCUACUGUCUUUUCUGGGGUGGUCAAUACCUUUGUUGUAAACGUACAAAAACUUGGUCAGGAUCCAACCACAGUAAUGCAUUUUGCAGCCCCACUGAUUCCGAACAGGAAAAUAACGGGUUUAACUUGCUCAUAUCAGCAACCGCAGGAUGCACAUGUGCUGAGCCAGUUGGCUGGACGUCUCAUGGAAAUAUCUGGAGCUGUCUUAUACAAAGAGUCAGACCGUUGUUCCAUGUAACUCAGUAUUUCCUACUCGGACUGGCAGCAGCUCUCCAGGGUUUCAGGCAGGGAGUUUGAGCCUGGAUUGAACCCGAUACCUUCUGCAAACAAUCACUACCCGGAAGCCACAGCUCCUCCCACCUAAUGCUGCCCUUUCGGAUUUCUCAGAAGGGAAAUCAGAGGGCAGGCCUGCCAGAGGACAAUAUUUUCAAGGUUCAAAGGUCCAUCGGUCAAGAAGGCACGUGCUGCAGAGGGAGGCGAAGGGCAGAGGGGGCUCAUCAGCCUGGGAAAGAGAACUCUGGCCCUUGUAAUAAACAAAAAUCUGCCCUUAUGGGGAACACAAGAGCCCUUAUAGAGUCCUUUGUAGGUUCUCCAUCGGUCGGAGAAAAUAACAGAGGCCACCUGAGAAUAUAGAGAAGCAAAGCAGCUAGUAAGCCUGAUCUUUAUUGAAGCUGUUGCAACAGGGUGCUCCCCUCACAUGCAGGAAAGGAGGAGGACCCCGAAAAAAGGUGUGCCCGCCCUUAUAUAGACAUUUUAAAUUGCCCGCCCUGGAGUCCAAGACCACCCCCAGAAACAUCAUGCAUCACAGAAAGGGGUGUAGCUCAAGACCACCCUCCAGACACAUCAUGCCUACAUCACAGAAAGGGCGGUCUACAACAGAAAUCUGAGUGCCUUGUUUAUCUCCUUUCUGGCAGGUUACCUGUUAAUGGUCACUUGAUUGGAUACCCUAGGGAGCCUGGCCAGUCUUUUGUCAUGACAAAUACUUCGUUCCUGAGCCAGGUCACAGGCUCACCCUAUUCAUACACCCUAUUCAUACACAUACUCUUAAGACAGGAUUUGUGAAGGAGGAGACAAUGGGGAGGCUUUUCCAUUUUCCUUCGGCCUUGCAGAGAAAUAUUUGAGGUCAAUUUGGGAGGGAUAAAAUGGUUUCAGGACUUUUUCUGUGGGGUUUCAGACAUGUGGUUCAUAUAUGCAGUUAUGAAUAUUUAUCUUUAAAAUUUUUAUUUCACCCUAAACCUCCACUCCCCUUCACGGAUCACUGCCUUCACCUUGCCAACAAAGGUCCGUAUAGUUAAAGCCAUGGUUUUCCCAGUAGUGAUGUAUGGAAGUGAGAGCUGGACCAUAAAGAAGGCUGAUCGCCAAAGAAUUGAUGCUUUUGAAUUAUGGUGCUGGAGGAGACUCUUGAAAGUCCCAUGGACUGCAAGAAGAUCAAACCUAUCCAUUCUGAAGGAAAUCAGCCCUGAGUGCUCACUGGAAGGACAGAUCCUGAAGCUGAGGCUCCAAUACUUUGGCCACUUCAUGAGAAGAGAAGACUCCCUGGAAAAGACCCUGAUGUUGGGAAAGAUGGAGGGCACUAGGAGAAGGGGACGACAGAGGACGAGAUGGUUGGACAGUGUUCUCGAAGCUACCAGCAUGAAUUUGACCAAACUACGGGAGGCAGUGGAAGACAGGAGUGCCUGGCGUGCUCUGGUCCAGGGGGUCACGAAGAGUCGGACACGACUAAACAACAACAAAACCUCCACUGCCUUGUGGGAGAUCUUUGGGAGAAGAAAAGACUUAAGGAGUAAACCUUACACAAAUCCAGAGGGGAGUCCCUAAGACAGUUGGAUGACGCCUUAUACGCCUCCUUCCAGCAACUCCUGCAGCCAAACGUCUUGCUCUGCUUUCCUUUGGACCGCAUCAGCGAGGCCGAAAGAGGAGUCUUGUCAUCUGGGCAGCCCAGGACUUCCAUACUUGUGCCCAGGGAGGUCCCUUUGGUCCUGGGAAUGCAGUGGUUUGACUUCACCCCCGGAGGCACACUCCAUUGUCUCUUGAGACAGGUGAAUGCCCUCGCUCUCUGCUCCUCCCUUGAAAAGCAUGUCAGGGGAACAGGCUUAUCAAGAACUCUCUCCCCUGACAUUGAACUUGACAUAUUCCAGGUUCAGGCAGGGAAGAGGCCGAUUUAGUCAAAGGACAUACACAGAGAGAGACGUGGGCUCACUUGGAGCGUGACAAUCAAGGACUCAGAGCGCUUGCCUCCUAGCUUCACUGCCGAUGACUCAUCGGCACCUCUGAUCACAUGCCUGGCAGAAAACAGCAAUUGUGGGAUGGAAAAUAGCAGGGAAAUGGCACAGGAUGUGUAAGAAGGCGUGGAAAGCUUCACAUUUGCUAGCACACUGUACCCUUGGCUAAAGCAAGAAUGUGCGUUGACGUUUUAAUAAAUUUUAUUUAUACCCCGCCCUCCCCAGCCAAGACCAGGCUCAGGGUGGCUAACACCAGGUAUAAAAACAAUUGGUUAACGUACAACUUAAAAACUAGAUUAAAAUACAGUGGUACCUCGGGUUACAUACGCUUCAGGUUACAGACUCUGGUAACCCAGAAAUAGUACCUCGGGUUAAGAACUUUGAUUCAGGAUGAGAACAGAAAUCGUGCUCCAGGGGCAGCGGGAGGCUCCAUUAGCUAAAUUGGUGCUUCAGGUUAAGAACAGUUUCAGGUUAAGAAUGGACCUCCAAAACGAAUUAAGUUCUUAACCUGAGGUACCACUGUACAACAUUAAAAUGCAGCCUCAUUUCAGUAGAAACUCAAAUCAAAAACUUUUUGGGGAUGAAAACGUCAAAUCUUCAGCAAGGCCAACUAUCCAGACUGGUCCUACGUGGGCCAGAAAAAAGCCAGGAAAGUCCCCAAAUAGGAGUUCCAUCACAAGAAGGAGAAAGGAAAAAGGAAAGAGGGGGAGGGGAUCAAGUUGAUUCCAACCAAAGGCCACUCUGUCUUACAGGCCCUGCAGAAAGAAAUCAGAUCCCGCAGGGCCCUGGUCUCAUGAGGCAGAGCGUUCCACCAGGCCGGAGCCAGUGCUGAGAAGGCCCUGCUCUGGUUGAGGCUAAUCUGACUUCCUUAGGGCCCGGGACCACUAGGGUGUUGCUAUUUAUGGACCUUAAGGUCCUCUGCAGGGCAUACCGGGAGAGUUGGAAGGGACCCUGAGCAUAAUCUAGUCUAACCCCCUGCUAUGCAGGAAUAUGCAGCUGUCCCGUGUUGUCGGUUCCUGCGUGGGACGUUGGAAAAACCCGUUCUCCCUCGAAAGUCCCUUCUGCAUUUUGUCUCUCGGCAGGUGAAGCCCAUGAUCACGAUGGAGCAGCUGCUUUGGGUGAGCGGCAGUGUCAUUGGGGAGGUGAACACCUUCAGAGUCCCCCUCAUCGCGGCGACGCCACAGGGCACCCUCUUAGCCUUCUCCGAAGCCAGGAAGCACUCUGCCUACGACAGUGGGGCGAAGUUUAUAGCCCUCCGCAGGUCGCUGGACAAAGGUUUGAGGGGAGCAAGGCCUGUGGGGAGGGGGUUGGAAGAAAAGGGUGUCCACACGCCCCUGAGGAGCUGAAAGUGCUGGAGCACAAUUUCAGGGGUGGGCUCCUUAGUUCUGUGUGUGUGUUUUAAGGGAAGCCACCUGCUUUUAAUUUUUUUUUUAAUUUACUGCAUUUAUAUCCCACUUUUUUCCUCCAAAAACAGCUUAACUGGUGCUCCCCUCCUCUGUUAAUCCUUGUUGUUGUUGUUGUUGUUGUUGUUACAGUGGACCCUUGGGUUGGGCAACUUUCAGGUUGCGAACAUGACAACCCGAGAAGUGUAUACUUCCGGGUUACACCGCGCAUGCAUGUGCAAAAUAAUAAUAGUAAUAAUAAUAUUAUUAUUACUAUUAUUACUAUUACUAUUAUUCUGCGCAUGCAGAAUAAUAAUAAUAUUAAUUCUGUGCAUUAUUAUUGUUAAUAGUAAUAAUAAUAACAAUUUAUAAUUUAUACCCCACCCAUCUGGCUGGGUUUCCCCAGCCACUCUGGCCAGCUUCCAACAGAAUAUUAAAAUACAAUAACCUAUUAAACAUUAAAAGCUUCCCUAAACAGGGCUGCCUUCAGAUGUCUUCUAAAAGUCUGGUAAUUGUUUAUCUCUUUGACAUCUGGUGGGAGGGAGUUCCACAGGGCGGGUGCAACUACCGAGAAGGCCCUCUGCCUGGUUCCCUGUAACUUUGCUUCUCACAGUGAGGGAACCACCAGAAGGCCCUCAGCACUGGACCUCAGUGUCUGGGCAGAAGCGCUCUAUCGCGCUGCGCAUGUGCAGAAGCGGCGCCUCAUGUUGCGGACUUUUCAGGGUACAUAAGGACCCCCGGAAUGAAUUAAGUUCAUAUCCGGAGGGUGCACUGUAUUAUUUUAUCUAUUGAAUUAAUGUACCGCCCUAUACCUGGGGUUUUCAGGGCGGUUCACAGAAUAAAAUCAAGAUAUAAAACUACAAAAUACAUAAUAAAAAUGAAAACAACAACCCAAUAGCCCCCCCCCAAAAAAACACAUUUUAAAAGGGCAUAGGAUGUCAAUCAAAUCAACAAAAGGUUAAAAAAGAACGUUUUUGCCUGGUGGCUAAAGGUGUAUAAUGAAGGCACCAGGCGAACUUCCCUUGGGAGAGCAUUCCACAGAUGGGGAGCCACUGCAGAGAAGGCCCUGUUCUUGUGUUGCCACCCUCUGGACCUCUCAAGGAGGAGGCACAUGAAGAAGGGCCUCAGAAGAUGAUCUCAGGGUCUGGGUAGGUUCACAUGCAAAGAGGUGGUCCUUGAGGUAUUGUGGUCCUGAACCGUUUAAGGCUUUAUAGGUCAAAACCAACACUUUGAAUUGGGCCUGGAAACUAUCAGUAGGCAGUGCAGUUGGAUCAGGAUCGGUAUACCUGAAGGAGCGUCUCCACCCCCAUCGUUCUGCCCGGACACUGAGGUCCAACGCUCAGGGCCUUCUGGCGGUUCCCUCGCUGCGAGAAGUGAAGUUACAGGGAACCAGGCAGAAGACCUUCUUGGUGGUGGCACCCACCCUGUGGAACGCCCUCCCAUCAGAUGUCAAGGAGAUAAACAACUAUCUGACAUUUAGAAGACAUCCGAAGGCAGCCCUGUUUAGGGAAGCUUUUAAUGUUUAACAGACCACUGUAUUUUAAUACUUGGUUGGAAGCCGCCCAGAGUGGCUGGGGAAACCCAGCCAGAUGGGAGGGGUAUAAAUAAAUUAUUAUUAUUAUUAUUGUUAUUGUUAUUAUUUAUUUGCUCAAACCGUCUUGCUCCCUACAACAACCUCAGAGGCAGCAACUGGCUCAAGGUCACCCAGUGAACUUCAUAGCCAAGCGGGGAUUCGAACCCUGAUCUCCCAGGUCCUCAGAGUCACAGUCUAUUAACCCACCUCACAGGGUUGUUGUAGGGAUUAUUGUGGGGGGGUGAACCAUGUACUCCUUGGAGAAACAGCUGGGAUAUAAAUGCAACAAAUAAGCUCUUCUGCUUAGCUGCUUAAGAAAGACGGAGGGCCAAGGCGGAUAGAAAAAUCUCCAUGUGGUCACAAUUGGGCCCAUGCCUGUUGCAAAAUGCGCUCGGCUAAUUUCUAGCACUGCCGUGAAAGCUUAUGCCAGUGUCUGCCAACCUGGCGCAGCUCAGGGGCUUUGGACUACAACUCCCACCAGCACCCAGCCUGCACGGAAACUUCUGGAAGGCGCCAAGUUAGCGAAGGCAGGCUCACGCCUCACGCCUGCCAGAGUCUUGUGCGGCGCCUCAGGUGCGUUUCUCAUAAUAAUGCCGGCCUGUCUCUUCCAGGCGCUACCUGGACGCCCACUUCCUUCAUAGUUGACGACGGUUCCCUUCAGGAUGGCCUCAACUUGGGAGCGGUGGUGGUGGACUCUGAAAAGGACAUGGUGUUCCUGGUUUAUACGCUCUGCGCUCACUACAACAAAUGCCCCACGGCCAGCACCAUGAUCAUUCGCAGCCGCGACGACGGCGUCACCUGGAGCAUUCCCCGGAACCUCUCUGAGGACAUUGGCACAACUAUGUUUGCCCCAGGACCAGGCUAUGGCAUUCAGGUAAGCGGCCUUUAUUUAUUUUAUUUUUUUAUUCAAAAUUAUAACAAGACAUAUUAUCCAAAAACAUAUCAUCCUUGUUUCCCCCCCCCCAUUUUUCCUCCCUUCCCCCCUCCCACACAAAACCCACCCACCCCCACCCCACCCCCCGACUUCCCUCAGUUCCAGUCUUUGAUUUCUCUAAAAAUGCUGUUUUCUGCAUGUUACACAGUUGUAUAGAUCCUCAAACGGUCUAGCUGAUUAUUAUCAAUAAAAAGUUUGUGAAUGUUUAUUCAAAACCUGCCAAGGGGUCCAGUUCGCUUUGUUGCGUCUUCAGCUACUUUGUAAAGGGUUCACAUUCAUCCUUAAAGUCACAGUUAUCCUUGUCCCAUAGCUUAUAUGUCAGUUUUGACAGUUCUGCAUAGUCCAUCAAUUUUUCUUGCCAUGAUUCUUUAGCUGGGGUUUCUUUAGUCUUCCAUCCUUGUGCUACCAGAACUCUUGCGGCCGUUGUCGCAUACAUGAAUAUGUUUUUCAACUUUUUGGGCAGGUCUUUCCCUACAAUCCCCAGGUAAGCGGCCUUUAAAGCCCGAAACGGCCUCGGCCCAGUAUACCUGAAGGAGUGUCUCCACCCACAUUGUUCUGCCCAGACACUGAGGUCCAACUCUGAGGGCUUUCUGGUGGUUCCCUCUCUGUGAGAAGUGAAAUUUCAGGGAACCAGGCAGAGGGCCUUCUCGGUGGUAGCCCCUGCCCUGUGGAAUGCCCACCCUUCAGAUGUCAAGGAAAUAAACAUCUAUCUGACUUUUAGAAGGCAUCUAGGAAAGUUUUUAAGGUUUGAUGUCUCACGGUGUUUUUAUUAAAAAAAUUAAAAAGUUGUCCAGUAGCACCUUAGAGACCAAUUAAGCUUGUUCUGGGUAUAAGCUUUCGUGUGCAUGCACACUUCUUCAGAUACACAGAUACACUUCUUCAGAUGUUUUUAUAUUUUGCUGUAAGCUGUACAGAGUGGCUGGGGAAACCCAGUCAGAUGGGCAGCAAAUAAAUCAUAGUUAUUAUAAUAAUAUGAAUGACAGGUUUAUGGGUGGUGUUUUGAGGGAGGGAGGGAGAGAGAAAGGGAAAGAAAGAAAGAAAGAAAGAAAGAAAGAAAGAAAGAAAGAAAGGCAGUAGUUAGUUAACUUUUUUAAUUUUUAUUUUGGGAUUUUUACAUACAUUAUAUUAUCUCCUUCCAAUUUUUAAAUUUCCCAUACAAUUUUUCCUUCCCCUCCCCCAUAUCCAUUGGAAGGGUUCAAACAAUUAUCCUCAGCCAUGGGCAUAGCGUCUUUAGUUUCCAACGAAUGCCUUUGUUAAUUUAAUAACCAUGGUUGUGUGUCUUCCAUGAUUCCACAGGUAUGGAGUGUGCUUUAUCCAACAGUUUAAUUUAGGCUGCAAACCACAUUGAGAUUUUCCUUUUUUUAAAACAAUACACACUGGCACAGAGACAAUUUAAAUUAAAUAAAUAAAUACUAAAUGUUCAACUUCUGGAGAAUCUCAACUUUUGUUUAACAAAAGGGCAAGUUCCUAGACCUCAUUGCUGCUGGAGAUAUGCUCAACAGCCCGUGUCAAGGCUUGCUAAAAUCUUAGGAGCCUGGAGGGUGGCAGGGGUUGGGUCAGUUUGUGGCUACAUGUUGCUGCUUCCACUCAGCGCUACCGCUGGUAGCCAGGAAACAAGGCUAUAGAAACCUCAUCCAGAGGACUGAAGCAGUGUCGUGUGCAUGCAAGGAUAACGGCAGGCAAUGGGCCUAACUCCCACUUGGUCACCUCUGCCUUUCAGAAACGUUACGAGCCCAAGAAGGGGCGUUUGAUCGUUUGUGGCCACGGGACGCUUUUGCAGGACGGGGUCUCGUGCCUCCUCAGCGACGACCACGGCUUAAACUGGCGAUACGGGCGGCAGCCCUUGCAUGGGAUCCCUUAUGGCAAGGUGAAGCUGCCCAGCGACUUCAAUCCCGAUGAAUGCCAGGUGCGUGUGAUCCUAAACUUGAGGGGUUGCUACAAUCCUGCAAGCAGCAGGGACGAAACAAGCAGCGUUGUUUGGAAGCCCUGGCUGUGGUAAGCAGAAUCGUGGAAUUGUAGAGUUGGAAGGGACCCCCAGAGUCAUCUAGUCCAACCCCCUGGAAAAAGCCUUGAAUCGAUUCACAGCCACAAUAAAAGUGUGGCAACAUACCUUCUCUCAGUGUUCUCUUUCCGAAGCUAAGCAUACCCAGUUUUAGCAUCUGUUUUUAAUAUGUUAGACAGUGCAAAGGAAGCGUUCCUAAGAACCUUCCCUGGAAAUCUUUGGAUAAAGGGUGGUAUGUAAAAUGGUGUAUAAAUAAAAUAAUUAAUUAAUAAUUACUGCAAUGUGCUCUAUGUGGGGCUACCUUUGAAGGUGACCCGGAAACUACAACUUAUCCAGAAAGCGGCAGCUAGACUGGUGACUGGGAGUGGCUGCAGAGACCACAUAACACCGGUCUUGAAAGACCUGCAUUGGCUCCCAGUAUGUUUCUGAGCACAAUUGGUGUUGAUCUUUAAAGCUCUAAACGGCCUCGGUCCAGUAUACCUGAAGGAGCGUCUCCACCCCCAUCGUUCUGCCCGGACACUGAGGUCCAGCUCCGAGGGCCUUCUGGCGGUUCCCUCACUGCGAGAAGCAAAGGUCCAGGGAACCAGGCAGAGGGCCUUCUUGGUAGUGGCACCCACCCUGUGGAACACCCUCCCACCAGAUGUCAAAGAGAAAAACAACUACAGUGGUACCUCGGGUUACAGACGCUUCAGGUUACAGACUCUGCUAACCCAGAAAUAGUGCUUCAGGUUAAGAACUUUGCUUCAAGAUGAGAACAGAAAUUGUGCUCUGGCGGCACGGCGGCAGCAGGAGGCUCCAUUAUCUAAAGUGGUGCUUCAGGUUAAGAACAGUUUCAGGUUAAGAACGGACCUCUGGAAUGAAUUAAGUACUUAACCCGAGGUACCACUGUACCAGACUUUUAGAAGACAUCUGAAGGCAGCCCUGUUCAGGGAAGCUUUUAAUGUUUGAUGGACUACUGUAUUUUAAUAUUUUGUUGGAAGCUGCCCAGAGUGGCUGAGGAAACCCAGCCAGAUGGGCGGGGUAUAACUAAAUUAAUAAUAAUAAUAAUAAAUUAUUAAUAGGGGAGUGGAGCACUUGGAGCGGAACCUUCAGAAGAGAGCUAGGAAACGUUCUGUUCCCCUUCAAAAAUCUGCUCUCCUCUCACCUUCCCUCCCCAAAUUACCUCCUUGCAGCCCUACGAGCUUCCAGACGGCUCCAUGGUGAUCAACGCCAGGAACCAGAACUUUUACCACUGCAGUUGCCGCAUUGUGAUUCGCAGCUACGACGCCUGCGACACCCUCCCUCUGGAGAACGUGACGUUUGAUAACACUUUGGUGGACCCUGCUGUGGCCGCCGGAGCCCUUGUCAAAUCCGGCCUCGUCUUCUUCAGCAACCCGGCCCAUGAAAAGCGGCGUGAGUAAGGGGGAAUCUGUGUGUCACAGGGGGAGAAUGGGCUCCAUGUGGCUGGAAGAGGGGUGGCUUCCGGCAGACAACACGGCAGACUCAGUUCCUGGGCCGGGACAAAUGUUUCCAGCCUCUGCUACAAAGCUGAUGGUGCAACUAGGCCUCCCAGGUUGAGCCUCUUGGGCUUGCCAAUCAGAAGGUUGGCGGUUCGAAUCCCCGCGACAGGGUGAGCUCCAGUUGCUCUGUCCCAGCUCCUGCCAGGUGAACACGACCUUACGUUCUCUUUCUCCCCUCUGGCCUAGGGGUGAACAUGACGCUACGUUGGAGCUUCACCAACGGUUCUUCGUGGUGGAAGGAGCCCCUGCAGAUCUGGAGCGGCGCCAGCGGUUACUCCUCGAUGACGUCCCUGGACGGGGCUGCCCCGGAAGAUGCUCACAGCCUCUUCAUCAUCUAUGAGAAGGGGCGCUUCCAGUCCACCGAGAGCGUCUCCGUGGUCAAGAUCAGCAUCAACGGGGAGCUCUGACCGCACUUUCGGGCCCUCGGCCGUCCCCUCUCCCCUUGUGCCUUGUAGUCCCACUGGAAGCUCUGCGACUGCUGGGUUAGGAUAGAAGGGAAUUCGUGGGGAGAAAUCAGCAACGUUGGGUGGGAGGGCUCGGGGCAGCGAUUCGAAGGGCAUUUGGCAGAAAAAUACUCUCUACAAGCCUUCCUAGUGGGCAGUGCAGGCCCAAGCCGUUCCUUCCCCACAGUGACAUUGGGGUUGCCGUUCUACCUCAGAAACACUCCUGAUUUUAGAUGCUGCUAUUGAAUUUCUGGGCGGGUGGAGGUUGCGAAGGCGAUGGGCGGGGUUGGGGUGGGUUGGAGAGAGGAAGACUGAUUACGACGAAAAUAGACUGAUGAAGAAGCACACGGUUAAUAUACAUUGGUUUGUUUUCUUAGUGGGAUCAACCAGAAAGAGGAAAGCUGGGAAGUUUUGCGACGAAUUAAUAAAUUAAUUGAUGCACCUUUAACCUAUCGUCUCCGUCAAAUUUUAAAAAUUUAUUUCUUGUGAGAAGGAGC